UUAUUGAAAUGUAGACUUAGACGUUUGUUGUUUUGUUUCAGAUUUUAAGAUUAUUAAUCCUAUAUCCUAACUAGAUCUAGAUAUACAUCAUAGCCCAAACCUCCCACAGCUGGCAGGUUAGAAAUGGAAAAUUCUCAUUUUGAAGUGUGAAACAGACUUUUUCCCUUCUUGGAUUAGUUAUGAAUGAAAGAAAAUUGAUGAAACAAAUUGCUUUCUUCAGUGAUGGGCUGAACAAAAAUUUAUGGAAGUGGCUGAUGUCUGUGUGCAUAUACUUCGCUGUGCUUUGCUUUUUGUGCUUUUUCUUGCCCUUUUCCAAGAUUUUCACCGUAGUUCACAGCUAUGAGUCUCUCUUUGACCAAGUUGAAGCAGCAACAGAUGGACGACUCAGAGCAGCCAAACAAUAUUUUCAGACUCAAAACCCAGAAUUGUCUUCCAGAAUUUACUCAAAUAGAAUCAGCCAGGUUAACAUUUUGUUUGCUGUAGGCAUUAUCACCAUAAAGCGGACUAAAGAAACUAAUUUUCUUGAAAGCUUGGGUUAUCUUCCUCCGUCUGUAGCACAUAUGGAUAGCAUUUUAAAAAGCCAUCGUUUUUUUAACACCAGUUUUCUUUUUAUUUGUAACGUUGAUGCCUUUCCAAGUACACAUUUUGAUGCUGUAGAUCUCUAUAAGUUUGUCCCUUACACAGAACGAUUUGGAAAAAAUUCUCUUAAUAUCCCAACAUUGACCAUACCAAAGACCAACACCGGAUUUAUUGAUCUCACCACACAUAGUACAAAAUACAGGAAGGAGUCGUUUGACUAUGCUUUUUGUUUGUUAUCUGCUGCUGCUUUGAAUCCACGCUUUAUUCUGCUAUUGGAGGAAGAUACAAUACCCCAUAAAGAUUUCCCAUCUGUUAUAGAGCAUCUAAUAACUUUUAGACUAAAUUUACCUUUUAACCAGAAACAUGAAUUUGGAUUUUUAAAACUUUACUUUCCUUCAAAGUGGCAAGGAUUCGGUUUUGAGUUCACUAAAAUACUAGAUCUCUUGUGUUGUUGCAUUCUUGUCACAGCUGUAGCUGGUGUAUACCAUUAUCUUCAUUCAUUCCGAUCAGCUACUUUGCCAGGCUUGAACAGUGUAUUACUCUCAGCAUUUUUGGUGACGCUACUGACCUGUCUGCUAGUUGGCCGCCAAAAUAUCAACGAGUUAAGGCGACUAUCAAAACAUUUCUACAGGCUGCAGAGUUCUGAAGGUUGCUGCACACAAGCAAUGGUUUAUCAGCCUUCCAUCGUCAGCUCUAUGGCUGAGUAUCUUGUGAAUCCGCUCAGUAAUGAACAUACAGAUCUUGCCAUCUGGGAUUUCUCUUACCGUAAUUCCAUCAGGACUUUACAAGUGGAGCCCAAUCUUUUCUUUCACACAGGUUUGUAUACAACAUUAAAUCAGGUCCAAAAACAUCCUGAAGAAUUCAUUUAAUAAAUUUGUAUUUAAAUAUACUACUUGUUAUGUAUAUUGUUAUCUACUAGUCUUUAAGCUCUGUGUACCAAUAUUUAAUCUAACUGAAUAGUUUUUAAAAAACAAAAUGUAAAUGUUUACUAUGUUUUAUGAUAAAACAUUUACUUGUAUUGCUUUAUAAAUAUAAAUGUAGAACUUAAGAACUACAAUGCUAUUAACACUAGGUCAUGCAUACACUAGAUCAUGCAGAUUCUGUUAUUCAGACAUUUAAAAAAUGUCUUUGUUGUUUUUUCCUUAUGCCACUUUAAUGCUCUUUUGUUGAUAUGUGAGAGUAUAUUAUAUCUGGGAGAAGAUUUCUGUGCCAGGAUUAGAAUUCAAGCCCCUUUGAUAGGUAGCCAAGCAGUUAAUGCCACUUAGAUCACAUUGCCUUGAAUAAUCUCAGCAGGCCACAUAAGUUUAAUCUAUAUUUUUACAUUUCUUCAGGAUGACCUUACAAUUUGACUUAUUGUCUGUUUAUUGAUCAAUUCCAACAUGCAGUCACAUUUUGUUUUGACUUAUGUCAUAUUUUAUUAUUUAGAUCUUCCCAGUUUGUUGAAGUAAAGGUAUAUACAUUGGUUGUGAAGAGGAUAUGGUGUAUCAUAUUUUGGCUUCUUGGAAAUUGAGUUUUGGGAUUGUUUACUAUGAUAGUAAAUACAUUGUUUUCAUACUAUUAUGAAGUGUAUUUUCCAUGGCUAUUUUUUUAUUGAGCCUUUUUGGAUUGACUACUAUUUCUAAACAUUGAAUUAUAUUUAGGUUGAAAAAUGUUUCUUUUUUUUUUUGGUUCAUAUAUGUAAUCUUCAUUGUUACUUGGUUCUUACCCGGUCAGACUAUAUCAACAUCAGCCCUUGAUCAGGAAACAUGAAAAGGACCAGGAGCUGGGUGGACUCAGAAUGGCCCAAAGAUCUCGAAAUUAAAAAUCCCAGUCUUCACAGAGGUUCAAACCUGCGACCCCCGGUUCAGAAGCCAAGCGCUUUACCGCUUAACCGCCGCGCCUCCUGGUCUUAGUUUAUUGAUUUGAGGUAAUAUGGUGUGUGAUAUGAGUUGUAGACAGAACAUCUAAGUACUAAUCUGUACUAUUAUUUAGAACUUAGUCCUUUAGUCACAAACCAUGUCUGUUUAUUGUUAAGGUUGGGCUAAAUUUUGGAGUUUUUACCUUACUCCAGUUGUAAGGCAGUUCACCCUGAGGGGGUGAGAUCCUGGAAAAUAAGUUCACUGGGGUAGUAUGGGAGAUAAAUGAAUUUUGAUGUAAUUAAGAGAAUUUUGAUUUAGUUAAGUGAAUUUUGAUAUAGUUAAGUGAAUUUUGAUUUAAUUAAGUGAAUUUGAACGUAGUUAAGUUAAUUUUAAGUUAGCUGAAUUUGAGGCGAUGGAGUGCAGAGCGUGUUCGGAAGUUCAAGGUUGGACGUGUUGGUAGUUUACUUUGUGAUUAGUUUUGUUGUUUUAUUGAUCCGAGGAUCGACCUUAUUUAUUAUGUAUUAAAGUUAUACAAUGUUAUUAUUGUUA